AUGAAAGAGAUAAACAUAAACAGUGUGAAUCACUCGGAGCUGCUCAGCAACUGUACAAUUCCCGCGCCAGCUGGCAACGUAACCAAGGCAAUGGCCGAAAUGAGCCCCGAAUCGGACGCCAUCCUUGCCGCCGGAUCGCCAGAAACGAUGCCGGAAGGAAAAACGGGCAACCAGAUUCAGGCAAUGCUGGAGCGCCACGAAAACCCGCCCGAGGUCCUGGCCGGUACCACGCUUCUCCGGCAUCCCAUCCGCAUGUUUUCACCAAUCAGUGGAGUGUCGAAGCUGCUUAAAAACCUCUACCUUUGCGGUGGAAGUGCCGCCUCGGUGGGUAUGAUGCAGCAGUUGGGUGUAACCUUCGUCGUAAAUGCUACCACCGUGACUGAGUUGACUGAUACUCCACUGCCAGCGGAGAAUACGCGCUAUUUGAGGAUCCCAGUGAAGGACAACCGUGAGGCAAAUCUGGAACGCUACUUCCACGAAGUGGCCGACAUGAUCGAGGAGGAAUGCAAGGCCGGUGGAGUUGCUCUGGUUCAUUGCGUGGCAGGCAUCAGCCGAUCAGCGUCACUAUGCCUGGCGUACCUCAUGAAGUACCACCGGAUGAGCCUAAAGGACGCGUACAACCACAUCAAGGACAAGCGGCCUCAGAUCCGACCGAAUGUUUCCUUCGUCAAGCAGCUGAUGGACUUCGAGCAAAAGCUGUAUGGCACGCGAACCGUAUCCAUGGUGUAUUGUCACGCGCUCGAUCAGGAGCUGCCGGAUAUUUACGAGCCCGAAUUCCGCACCAUGGAGAUGCUGUACCAGAAAUUCCGGAGGAACAUCGCACGCCGCUAGAUGUUGGCAGGUGGUUUGCGUGGCCUGCAGUCGAAACUUAUUCCACAUAUUCCCUUUAAUCGCUAGAUCGUAUGAGUUCGCCUCUGCAUUAAUACUUCGCACGAGUGACCGACAAGACGUAUCCUUAGAGGAGUAGCGUUAAGACACGCGGCGUCCAGCCGAUUCUACUGAUUUAUGAUAGUAUUCUCAUCCCGUAACUCUAUGAAUCCCUUUACCCCUUAAGCUAGUCGCUAGAAGGGUUUUUUGUGACUAAAAGCCCGCAUGCAUGCACAUUGUAUGUACUAAAUUACUCUACUAUACAUUGUACUUCUAUUAAUCUAAUCCACCACAAGCGCGUGAAGACAGCUAGGAAUGGCAGGGAAGCAGACCAGCCUAGCAAUACGUCGGUUCGGGCGCUACUAAUGCUACAAUUACAUAUGGAUAAGACAACUCUCCCAUUACAGUCCCACUGAUUCGAAACCACGAAAAAAAUUGCUGUGAUUGGAAAAUGAUAAAUGUUAAGCAAUGGCGAGAGGUAAAAAGGAGAGGAAAAAUAUAUAUUUUUCUUUGUAGCCCAGUAGAUGCGUUCGCUUUUUUAAACUCAAUUGCAACAGUUUGAUAAAGCAAACAGUACGGUGGGUAGAUAAACAUAAGCGUAAACCAUUGACAUUAAAAUAAUUCAACUAUGUUAUUAUUCACAUGCAAAUAAACAACAUAACAU